UAUAAACAAAAGUUCUUUCUUGUCCUCAGUAAUUUUAAAGAGUGUCCUGAUACCAGAAAGUUUGAGAACCCCUACCUUAAAAUAUUGAAAUAAAUUACUCAGUUAAGACUCUGAGUUAAAACUCAUUUGCAGCUCCUCUCUGACAUACACUAUAGGUGAUUAUAUUUUCUUCAGCUUGAGUUUGUUAAUCAUCAUACAACAUAUAAAACAGGAAGGCAAUAUCUACUUUGGUGGGUUAUUAGAAGCAAAUUAGGUUAGGUUUUAAAUUUUGCUGUUUGGCCAUAUGUAGCUUUCCUUAAAAUUGGUUGUAGCAUAAUGCCUUUAGAAUUAUCACUUUAAUAUCCACUCUUUAUUAGCCAUAAGCCUCUGACCUGCUUCUCCUUGUCACGUAAACUGUCCCUGAACUGCCUCCUUCUCACCUCAACUUAUACUCAGAAAUUAAAAACUAAUUUUAACAUUAACUUCAGCAAAAUAUAAUGGAAAAGACAAAUCUUUUACAAAGGCAAUGCUUUCCAAAGUCAAAACAAGUGUUACGGUUUGCUCAUGUCCCUCCUUUUUCUAAUUACUAUGGAAGAGGACUGACUAAAGAAAUGCUAAGAAAAUUAUCCUAAUCUGUCACCACAACCAAAUAAGGUACAUUUCCUGGCUUUGAAAUACUUUAAAAAUAUGCUAAAAUUCAAAUGACCGGCCUCAUUCAAGUUUACUUUAUGGGUCUUCAAAUAUUAAUUAUUAAUAAUACUCGUUGAAAAAGCCAUUUUUUCAAUAGUAAGUGGUCUAAACUGCUUGAAAGAAUCAAUCUUCCUCGCGGGUGGUGCUAUCUCUGUUACUGGUAUGUCCCGUGCAUUCCAGCGUUCAUUUAUGCUUCUCUUAAAUGAAAUCACGGGCUUCCGAAGAAGACCCUUUUAGUGCCCUUGAAGUGGGUAGUCUAAGUGGUAUUUAGUAUCUUAGAAGAGCUAUUAUCUUUAAAAAAUGAAUCAUCAAUUCCCAAAAGCUGUUUCGUCUCCUGUUCUUAUACUGAAAGUGAAAGAGGAACUUAGGUUGUCAAAAUAAAUUAUGAUUAUAUUCAUCCCAUUUGGCUGCCCGUCCAAAAGGUGAGUAACUUAAGGAUGAGCCCACAUGUGCUAUGUGGUGGAAGCUGGAGGCACUCGACGUCUGGGUGGGAUCCCGUUAUCAGUGUGGGAAACAGGGGUGAAGAUCAAAGCCAGAGCAUUAAAUCAUAUACAUGAUCAUUUAUAUUUGGCUUUGAAACUGUUUUUUACAGUUUAUCAACAUGAUACGUCUUAAAGUCUCGGAAUUUACUUAAGAAAAAAAUCACUUUAUACACAUAUACAUACAUAAAGAAGACGUUCUAUGAAAACCCGCAUUUAAGAAUUGCCUCUCCGCCCCGGCUCUACUUUUCUUCAGUUCUUCUCUGCUCACUAUUCUGAUUUAGGAAAGAUUUUUAAAAACAUGGAUUUGGCCAACCAUGGACUUAUUCUCCUGCAGCAGUUAAACGCUCAGCGCGAGUUCGGUUUCCUGUGUGACUGCACGGUUGCCAUCGGCGAUGUGUACUUCAAGGCACACAAAUCAGUUCUUGCUUCAUUCUCCAAUUACUUUAAGAUGUUGUUUGUCCAUCAGACCAGUGAGUGUGUCCGUUUGAAACCAACUGACAUACAGCCUGACAUCUUCAGCUAUCUCUUACAUUUGAUGUACACUGGAAAGAUGGCGCCCCAGCUGAUUGAUCCUGUUCGAUUAGAACAGGGGAUCAAGUUUCUACACGCUUACCCUCUGAUCCAGGAAGCUAGCCUGGCCAGCCAAGGAGCCUUUUCUCAUCCUGACCAAGUUUUCCCGCUGGCUUCUUCCUUGUAUGGCAUUCAGAUUGCAGACCAUCAGUUGAGACAAGCCACCAAGAUUGCCUCCGCACCUGAAAAACUUGCCCGAGAACCACGGCCGCAGGCGUCGAGGAUGAGCCAGGAGCCGGUCCCUGAGGCCUCCCAGCUCUCUCAGCUGACUUCAAAUCUGACCCAGGUGAAUCGGACACACAUGACCCCCUCGGAUCCCCUGCAGACCUCACUGUCUCCGGAACUCGUUUCCACUCCCGUUCCUCCCCCUCCUCCUGGGGAGGAGACCAACCUGGAAGCUUCUUCCUCUGAUGAACAGCCUGCAUCCCUCACCAUAGCCCACGUCAAGCCCAGCAUCAUGAAGAGGAACGGCAGCUUUCCAAAGUACUACGCCUGCCACCUGUGUGGGCGGCGCUUUACCCUCCGGAGCAGCUUGCGGGAACACCUCCAGAUCCACACGGGGGUGCCUUUUACAUCAAGCCAAGCGGGAGAGAGCCGUGUGCCCCUGUCUCUUUGUAGCAAUGCAGCUGACCUGGGAAAAGACGCCAUGGAAGUGCCUGAAGCUGGGAUGAUAAGUGACAGUGAGCUGCAGCACAUCUCAGACUCUCCAGUCAUCGACGGACAGCAGCACUCGGAGACGCCGCCACCCUCUGACAUCGCGGACAUUGACAACCUGGAGCAGGCGGACCAAGAGAGGGAGGUAAAGCGGCGGAAGUACGAGUGCACGAUAUGCGGACGCAAGUUCAUCCAGAAAAGCCACUGGCGGGAGCACAUGUACAUCCACACGGGGAAGCCUUUCAAGUGCAGCACUUGUGACAAGAGCUUUUGCAGGGCCAACCAGGCUGCCCGGCACGUGUGCCUCAACCAGAGCAUCGACACGUACACCAUGGUGGACAAACAGACUCUGGAGCUCUGCACCUUUGAGGAGGGCAGCCAGAUGGACAACAUGUUGGUCCAAACCAACAAACCCUACAAAUGCAACUUGUGUGACAAAACGUUCUCCACCCCCAAUGAGGUUGUUAAACAUUCAUGCCAAAACCAGAACUCGGACGUUUUUGCCCUAGACGAAGGGCGUUCCAUUCUCCUGGGCGGUGGGGACUCGGAAGUAACGGAAACUGACCACCCAGUGUUAGCUUCCAUCAAAAAGGAACAGGAAACAGUGUUGUUAGACUGAAUGUUACUUACCUUUUUAAAAACUGUCAUUUUUACAAAGACUAUCUUCCUUCCCUUCCCCCAAUUCAGAACUAUAGUUCUCCAUGGCAUGAUGCGAACAGGACCCCGGGCCCUCUCUCCUCGCCCCCUUCCGCCGUCCCCAGCCCCUCCUCCCUAAAGGUUUUGUGCAUUAUCAACCUGGAACAUAUUUACUUUAAUUCAGGGGAUAUUGGAAAGACAAUGGUCAGUAGUACUUAUAAACUCAAAUAGAUUUUGAGAAGCUUAGAUUAUUUCAAAGCAUACUUGGAACUAAUGAAGGGUAUAUAACAAAACAACUAGAAUGCAAUUUGGUGAGCUAAAAUUAUGAGUGUCCCUGGGUAAUAAGUCUUCCUUCUCAGAAAAACGAUGUUCGAAAAUACAGCAUGCUUCUUAGACAUACCGCUGGGCUCUGAACUAUGCAAAAUCUAGAAGGUGUGGGAAAACUUUAAACCCAAGAAAACGUUCUUAGGAUUCAUCCUCCAGGCGUCUUAUUUCAGAAUGCAUCCUUGAGAUUAUGUCCAGUCAAGAAAAAUCAUUAGUUAAGAAAUCUACUUGAACAAAACACAAAAGAGAAAAAGUAAUAAUGUGAUGGCAAUCUUAAUUUUUGGAUAAAACAUGACAAGCUGUGAGUUUGUGUGAUUGUAAGAGAAAAUGUGUGGGUACUUGGUGUAAACAGGUGGACUAAUGCACAUGCCUUAUCCAGUUGCUGGCUUCUUUCAAAGUUGAACAACGACAAAGUACUGUAUUUUAGUUUCUGACAAAUUUGUUGGUUGUUUUAAACAUCAGAUUUGAAGGUACUAUUCUAUACGUUGUCUUUCUGAUUAGAAAAGGACAGCCCAUUCUCGCAGUUGCCAAUGGUAAACUUGUUUUAGCACCAACCAUCUGCUCUUUAUUCGGAGUUCAUACUGCAGGAAGAAGGGUACCAGGAUGUGUAUCUUAAAGGGGAGGUUGUGAGCAGAAGAUGUAGUAACUUUAAUGUCUUUAAAAGUUCAUGCUAAUAGUUUACUGGCAACGUUCACUGAAACAUCAAAAAUGGCAAACAGAAAUCAGGACAAAAGAACUAACUGCUCUUGGGGAAAAAACUUGAUUUUGAUGUUUGGUCUCCAAAUUUUUUUUUUUUUAAACACCUGGAAUUUUUUCCAUUGGCCUGAAAGCAGUAAAAUUUGUCCAUUAAUCUUCGCUUGGGCCAAUAACAGAGUGGUCUCACAGGACAAAACAGGAGCCAGAAAUAAGGACCGAAGGGGAAGGGGAAACAGUUCAUAGCUGUGCUGUACGUCUAUGUUAAAAACUGAAUAUCCCGUCAUCCUAUUUCAUGUAUAGUUGAGUUCUCAGAUUUGUAAGUUUUUAUACAUACUUUCAUUGAAUAAACAUUUAAUUAAAUGGGAA